GUGUCGCAGCUCUCUCUGGACCUGUGUGAGCCGCAUCACCGCCUCCUCCUCCGCCUCCUCCUCCGCCUCCUCCGUGGCGGAAGACUCUUCUCUAAAAACAAAGCAGCCCAAGUUUCGAAUGGUGGAGUUGAGUUGUGAAACCUUUCAGGCUCAGAGUCAGAGAAGCUGAGAAUUGGAUUAUUUAAAACCCCACGGACACAAAACUGCCUGGACUUCAGACUAUCGUUGGCAGCUGCCAUUUAUUUAAAAGUAAAACAGCCACAGAAGAAAGUGUUCAGAUAUAGAAGUCCUGGAGCCCGCUGUCACUAAUCAUCAACCAAGUACAGUAAAUUUGUCAACAAACACUCGGAGCUUCCUCGUCACUGCUGCCCUGGAAGUCUGUGACGCUCUGACGUUCGAAGAAACAUCCCGGUGACUGGAGCAGCUAUGCAGCUUGAAAUUCAAGUAGCACUCAACUUUAUAAUUUCGUAUUUGUAUAACAAACUCCCUAGGCGGCGUGUGAAUAUCUUCGGUGAGGAGCUUGAGAGGCAGCUGAAGAAGAAAUAUGAAGGCCAUUGGUAUCUGGAUAAGCCAUAUAAAGGUUCGGGGUUCAGGUGCAUCCACACAGGGGAGAAGGUGGAUCCUGUGGUGGAGCAGGCAGCCAAAGAAAGCGGGCUGGACAUUGAAGAUGUCCUAAAUAACCUUCCUCAGGACCUUAGUGUGUGGAUUGAUCCAUUUGAGGUUUCCUACCAGAUUGGGGAGAGGGGACCAGUCAAGGUGCUAUACGUGGACGAUAACGAGAAUGGGUUCGAGCUGGACAAGGAGAUUAAAAACAGCUUUAAUCCCGAAGCCCAGGUCUUCAUGCCAAUCAGCGACCCUGUCGGAGCUUCCUCAGAGUCCAGCUCCCCCUCGCCUCCUUUUGGGCAGUCUGCUGCAGUGAGCCCAUCCUUCAUGCCACGCUCCACCCAGCCCCUGACCUUCACUACUGCCACCUUCGCUGCCACAAAGUUCGGCUCGACUAAGAUGAAGAGCAGCAGCCGUGGUAACGCCAACAGCAGCAGCAAGGUGGCCCGCACGUCCCCGACCAAUAACGUGGGUUUGAAUGUCAAUACACUACUGAAGCAGAACGCCAUGUCCACCUCCAUGUACUCGCUGUACGGGCUGAGCCAGCAGCAGCAGAAGGUCUCUGCUCUGUCCCCCAAUGCCAAGGAGUUUGUGUUCCCCAGUCUGCAGGGCCAGUCUAGCCCUGGAGCGGCGUUCCCUGUGGAGGGGUCCCUGGACCUGGGGCCACUGCAGUACAACAAUGCCUUUGACAUGUUUGCAGCCUAUAGAAGCCUCAAUGACAAGUCCCUGAUGAAUGGUCUCAACUUCAGCCUGAGCAGCAUGCAGUAUUCUAACCAGCAAUUCCAGCCAGUCAUGGCUAACUAAGCCCCUCAAAAAUAUGCUGUUUAUGAAUGAGGGGGCUCAAAGAGAAGGAAAAACAAAAGUGCACACUUAGAAACUGGACUAAAGGAUUUAGCUGCGUAAUCAGUAAAGCAUGUGCCCAAGGGUGUUUUCUCAUGUGCCCCCUUAAGUUUGUUUCCACAGAAAGCUUGUUGUACAAACACAUCCAAGCUUGGUUAAACAUGCAUCAUUAUUUUUAUUUUUCGUCAACCAAGCACAACUUAAUUGUUUUUCACUGAGAAACUACUUCAAAAAGAAUAAAAACAACAAGCUUCAAGUUUUGGCCUCUUACAGUAUUUU